AUUAUUUGGUAUAUUUCUUUUAUAAAUCUAAUCCUUUAACUGUCCACAGAGGGGGAUUUUAAAUUACAACUUUUUCACAAAAAAAUUACUUUUACUCUUAACUUUUGAAAGUGUUCCGGAAAGACUUUUAUAUAUAUCUUAAAUUAAAGCUAAUGUAAUGUACUUUAUUAUGAAAAAAAAAAUUUCGGGCUUUAUUUUGUCUUCACGGUGAAAAUGGCUACUGAAUGCUAUUUUCGUGUGAAAAUUUUCGAUUUUAUUUUUUACAUUUUUAUCUUUAUAAUGCUAUAAAUUAUUGAAAAGUGUAUGGAUCAACACAAUUCUUUUAUGAGAAAUAAUAUUUUUCAAUAAUCCCUUUUUCAUUUAGAAUAUAAAUAAGGAAAUAGCUUUUGGAAUAAUCCACCAAUUUUUUAAAAUUAAACACUAUCUAAAGAUUUGCAUCGAAGCGUUUUUUUUUGAUAGUGAUUUUAAUCACUGUCAGAUAUCAUAAUACUUGAUCCAACUAUGCUACAUCACCACUGUGCCGCGACCCCCCUGUGCUGGGUUUUUUAUUUUUGUUAAUAUUUUUUAUUUAAUGUUUAUUUACUAGGCUUCGCUUAGCUGGGGCUCCGCCCCAGAUUCAGUGCCCUUUAGGCCUCACGCACCUACGUUGCGUUAAGCUUUUCGGGCUGUUCUUACAGGUAGGCUACUGAUUCCGGUAGGAGUACCCAGCUACACCAGACACAAUAAGUGUUAUGCAGGAAAAAUAUUACAGACGAAUCUUUUAAAGAAAGAUGUCUCAUUCAAUCCGCUGGUCGUAUCAAUGUCAAGAAUCACUUGGAAAAUUAAAAUAUGUUCUAACUCAGGAACCUCAUUAUCCAGAUUUUAGCUAACUGAUUAACCUAAUUUGUGACUCAAUCAAUGUUGCAAUAUGUUAUGUUCUAUAGGUAUGGAUUUUUCAAUCACAUACGUAUCUAGAACUCUGAUUUGAACUGAACAAAAUUAUAAUACAACCGAAAAAUGUUGUGUUCAAUUAUAUGUGAUAUUAAACAGUUCCGCUUCUAUCUUUUUGGACAAAAAUUCCACAAAGUAACGGACCAUCGAGCUCUUGUAUGAUUAUUCAAUAUCAACGACCCAGACACGAAAUAAUGAGAUGGAGACUUAAAUUAGAAGGUUAUGAAUAUGAAAUUCAUUACAAGUCAGCUUAUCAUAAUACUAAAGCUGAUGCGCUUAGCCGCAAACACGGUACAACCCGGGUUCAGUCAAAGAAACAAGAUUCUACAUCACAAAAUCAUUCAGAAUGACAGCAUCAUUUCACAAUGAGACUAGGAAGAUUACUCUAAACAUUCAAACACACAGUUUCCAUCGACAUUCGCCUCUAAAACGAUAAAAAAACAACAGCUUGAGCAAACUUACAACAAAUUUCUACAGGUCAGGGGGGAGUCAUUAUCUACUACCCCGAAUUUUCAGGAAUCGUUGGAAAUCUCUUUGAAGAAAAUAAAGAUUGAGAUUUAGACAAUAAUGUCAGAGAUUUCUAUAUGAAAAAAAUAGUCGCUAUCCAAUUCAGAAGAAAAUUUGUAUAAAUAGAAGAACUUCUAAGACAAAGGAAAAGUAUGACAGAAAUUGCAAAUUUAUACCACAAUAAGAAAUACAUCUUAUAUCUUAUUACAUAUGCUAACUAUUGUGAGAAACCUAUUUAUUUGAAAGCAUUAUACUUUAAACAGAAAUUCUGACAUUUGAUUUUUUAUUUAAAUUCAUUUAUAAGCGCUGUAAGAUAUUGGAAAAUAGUAGUUUUUAUGAAAAAAUAGUCACACACCAUAAUGAAAAUUCGUAUUAUUCGAAUAAUGUGUCCACUCAUGUCUACUCGUUGACUUUCAAAUGUCUCUUUUGACAUCAUGUUCUGCGUCGUCAUGCAAUAAUAAAUUUGAAUGUUGCACUACAGACACGCAUAUACUCAAUCGUUGUCUGGCAUUCAAAUAGUUAUCAGUUCAAAGAUGCCGUGAUUCUGUCAAAUCAAACAAAUUAUGUUUUUUGUACAUGAGUCCUUAUCAUACGGUCAACGCUUGUACCUCUGUGCCAACUUGUAGACAAUGUAAGAAGCUUCAUCAUACAAUGCUACACAUGGAUUUCAAGUCAAAUGUUUCAUUGACUAAUACUGUAUUAGACUCUGAACAAUCUCCAUCUGAAGAAUCAAACAUUCAGUUUUCCUGUACCGCACAUACGAAUUGUACCAUAGUGCUUGAUACGGCUGUUGUUCGUGUUUCAGAUGAGUGUAGUAAUUAUCAUUCGUUCCGCGUAUUAAUAGACAACGGCUCUCAAAUUUCGACAAUUAACAAUGAGUGCGCUGAGCGUUUUGGACUAGUACGUCAUCCAUGUCAAACAAAAUUAAUUGGCUUAACUUACAAUACGGUUGGUCCAGUAAAAGUUUGUACUUCUUGUACUUUUGUGCCUCAUCAUUGAACGGAUUCGAUUUUCAGUUAUAAAGAUUUAUUUAUUUUACCACAAAUAACGUCACAACUGUCUAUCUUCUGCUGUUUGUGUACGGUACGGUCAUUUGUUCUUAGCCAAACCGCAAUUUGAACACUCGACAUGUAUUGACAUGAUCAUCGAUAGUAACAUGUUUCCGUAUUUGAAUCGCCCAAAUACAAAGACCAUUCAUUAUAAAGGAUUGCCAUCAGAAAUUAAUUCUUAUAUUGGUUGGGAAAUAGGCCAGAGAAAUUAGUCACUUUACAGUUCGUCACCGAAAAACCGUUUUAACAGCUAUGUCACGACCAUUGUUUAAUAAUUCGUCUCAAAAUAUUUAUUCUUAUCUUCCGCAAAUAGUAUCAACUACUAAACCCAAGUUUUAUACAAUAUCAAGAACGACCAACGCAAUUGCACUAGGUCAGAAUUACAGAACAUCGACUAUUUACAACGUAGAGAUAUGAUGUUGUAUCAAAUUACUUCUUCUGCUUAAAGGAAUUGUUAAAUAUUGCAAUAAUUUAACUCAUCUUUAACAAAGAGUUAUUAACAAGCAUAUUGAAUUUAUUUUCAUAAAUAUGUUUUCAUCAACUGAAAAUGUUACUGAUGAUAACUGUGUCCAAGAACAAUUUGAACGAAUUCCCAUAAAUAGAUUGCCGAAAAGAAGACUUCAGAUGGCAUGUCAAUGUUCAUCUCAAGAUAAUCCAUCAAAUAAUGUACCUACAACUUCAGCAUGGAUUUGGGAAACUAAUUCAAAAACAAAUUGUACAGGUUCUGAGGAGUCUAACUGCACUCAAUUGAGAUGUAUGACUUUUAUGAAAAAUUGUGAUAUCAAUAUUCCACCGCCGCCAGAACAAAUUUUAUCUAAACUUGCAUGUGAAUCAUCUACGCUUUUCAGAGAAAUCGAAGAGAAACACAGACAAUGCUCAAAAGAAAGAAGAAAACGAAGAUGCAAAAAAAAAUGUGAUGAUGAUAAGGGUUGUGACGAUGAAACUGGAGAUGACAAUACCAUUUUGUAUGGAACUGCCGAUGUUAAUGAAGAUGAUGAAUAUGAUGAAUAUGAAAAUCAGGAAGAGGACGUUGACGACACAUCAAAUGAAUCGCCUACAAGUAAUAGUACAUUAAAUAAUGAAAAUAAUUCAGAAACUUUCCAAAAACACACUGAUACGAACAAAAAUGAAACAAAUAACCAAGAACAAUGUGAUUCUACUGCAAUAAAAAAUAAUCAAAAUCUACAAAGAUUUCAACAGAGCAAAAUUAAUAAUAAAAGUACACAGUACAACAACAGAUUACUUUAUGAAAAUAUCGAAAUAGAUAUGAGUGAUGCAAGUAGAAGUAAUAGACAAAAUAAAAAUAGCAAGCGUAAAAAAAAUAGUGACACUAAAUCAAAAAAAAAUGCAAAACGAAAAAGAAAAUAAUAAAAGAAUUAAUUUUAUUUACUACAAAUUCGCUGUGUAUUAAUAUAAUUAUACAAAUUUUUAACUAAAAAUUUAUAUUCUUAAAUGGCUU